AAGUUGUGGUUAGUUCUUGAGAAACGGUAGUAUAGGAGGAAUGUAGUGUUCUUUUAUUUCAUGAUUGUAUAAUAUUAUAUUAUAAACGUUUGUAUAUUUUUUAGUCUAGACUGUAUACAUUGGUGUGAUAUUUAAAACGUACUAAUCUUCGUCAAAUUAUCGGUGUCAAGUUGAUUCACAGAUUCUGGAAUGUAGUCUUGUAUCAUUCCGCGACCUGAUGGCGAGAGGAAAAUGGUUAGAAUGGGAUGUGUUUGUGCAUUGUCUUGGAGGUGAAUGCCUGGAUUCCUUUGGAAAUACUCAGCGAUGUGCGAAAAGUUAGGCUGUUUGUGUACCGUAUUUAUAUGUGUAAAGGAUGGAUAUUUGUUAAGGAUGAAUAAGUGGGAAAACCAAACAAGUGCACCGAAAAAUUGCAUGGCUGCUAGUAUUGUCUGUAGGCCCGGGGCCUACCUGUGACAAGAGCAGCCAUUUGCAGUGGUAAUCCAUUUAGUUUGGUUUGAGUGGUUUACACAGUAUGCAGAAACGCGAAGGAAGAGAUCGAGAAAGGGAUAAAGAUACACGAGACGAAUCUUCAAAAAGGGUUUCACGUUCAAGUGCUGGAGCAAGAACUAACAUGCAUACAAGUCGGCACAGCGUAUCCAGUAGUUCGGGGGUGUUGAUGGUUGGCCCCAACUUCAGGGUUGGAAAGAAGAUAGGAUGUGGAAAUUUUGGCGAAUUGAGACUAGGGAAGAACUUGUACAACAACGAGCAUGUAGCCAUUAAAAUGGAACCGAUGAAGUCGAAAGCUCCGCAACUUCAUCUGGAGUAUAGGUUUUACAAACUGUUAGGAUCUCAUGAAGGGAUUCCCCGCGUGUAUCACUUCGGUACGUGCGGAGGGCGAUACAGUGCCCUGGUCAUGGAGCUUCUCGGCCCGAGUCUGGAAGAUCUCUUCGUACUGUGUAAUCGCAGAUUUAGCCUGAAAACUGUUAUCAUGAUAGCCAUUCAGCUACUUCACAGGAUAGAAUAUGUACACAGUCGACAUCUAAUAUACAGGGACGUAAAACCUGAAAAUUUCUUACUAGGACGCAGUACCACAAAGAAGGAUAAGAUCAUUCAUAUUAUAGACUUUGGCUUAGCAAAAGAAUAUAUAGAUUUAGACACAAACAAGCACAUCCCCUAUCGGGAACACAAAAGUCUCACAGGGACGGCAAGGUACAUGAGCAUAAACACUCAUUUAGGAAAAGAGCAAAGUCGAAGGGAUGACCUGGAGGCUCUGGGACAUAUGUUUAUGUACUUCCUGAGAGGCAGUUUGCCAUGGCAAGGUCUCAAAGCAGACACACUGAAGGAGCGAUACCAGAAGAUUGGCGAUACAAAGAGGGCCACUCCUAUUGAGGUGCUGUGCGAAGGACAUCCAGAGGAGAUGGCUACGUACCUGCGUUAUGUAAGAAGACUGGAUUUCUUUGAGACUCCCGACUAUGAGUACCUCAGAAAAUUGUUCCAAGAUCUCUUUGAAAGAAGAGGCUAUGUAGAAGAUGGAGAGUUCGACUGGACAGGAAAGACAAUGUCAACCCCCGUGGGAUCUCUGCAAACAGGCCAUGAGAUUGUGGUAUCACCCAACAGGGACCGACACCCAACUGCCAAUAAGGGAGCUGGGAAAGGAGUACCUGCGUGGCCAGACAUCCCAAAACAGCAGGGGAACCAGCUGGGCAACCUUACACCUGCUGACCGACAUGGAUCGGUUCAGGUCGUGAGCUCAACUAAUGGUGAAUUAGGAAAUGAUGAUCCAACGGCAGGGCAUUCCAACACUCCCAUCACAGCCCAAGCAGAGGUUGAAAUAGUAGAUGAAACAAAAUGUUGUUGCUUCUUCAAACGUAAGAAGAAGAAAUCAGGACGUCAGAAAUGACUAGCGGUUGUGCAGUGCAGCCCGGAACGCGAGGCGGUGACGUUGCUGCGGGCUACGUCCCACUCCAAUUCCAGAGACAGUGUCCUGAACAAUCCUAGUAACAGCGAGUUUGCUCGUUACCCUACGCCCGCCAGCGUCACAUGAUGAGUCAGGGGAGCACCCACGUAGCUGCCGCCAUCAUGCCAAGUCUCCCCCCUCACCUGAUGCACUACUACAUAUUAUAAUUAUUAAUUAUAUUAUACAUAAUAACUAAGUCUUGUGUGCUGUGGUGGUAUGGUGUGUUGUAUGCAUGUAUGUAUUCAGUAUAUUUGUGGUGUAAAAGGAGAAAGUUGAGGAUGGCUGAGUGUAUGGAGUUGCAUUGUAAUGUAGCCAAGAGUGUGAAUAAAUGGUCCUUUGGUGAAUUCAUACAAUGAUUUGCUUGCUUAAAUCCAGUGAACAUUGUCAAAUGUCAUAUAAGUCAGUUGACUGACUCAUCUGACUGUAACUAAUAGAGUGAUUUGAUUGUACGGCUAAUUGUAUGAUUGAAUUAAUGAUAGAAUGGAUAUUUGAUGGAUAGAACUGAAAUGACUGAAGUCCUGUUUAAUCAACUCUGGUUGGAUCAUUCAUAUUUGAUUUGGGAGAUAUUGCUGCAUAUGGCUUCAGAGAUAGGGGGGGGAAUAUGUCAUGAAGCAGUUAAAAGUGUUGGAAUGAAGUGCAGAAGUAGAGUUCUGUGCAGCAGGAGACUGGACCUGUCUCGAGGAGAAGCUCAUGUUCAUGUGUUAUUGUUUGUGGGGAAAUGCUGUUGCAAAACAGUGGGCAUGAGGUGGCGGCCAUUUGGUGUAUCAUAGAUCCACCCCCUCUUACCAUCAUCAGUAUUUUAUGUGCAGAGUGAGAUGCCACGUAAUGUUCUCAAGUACCAUGCUUUGUUGUUUUAUUAUUUUUUUAAAUGAAUUGAUCUGUGGUAUGCAAGAAAUCAAGGCAAAAUAUUAUCCAAACCAGUCAGACUGAUCAGCUCUCCCAUUGCUUCUUGAUGGAAUGGGUUGUGAUUUUUUUUCUCCAUUCUUAUUCCAUCCAAAUAAAGCCAACUCAGAUGCUAGCAUUGAGACUGCAAAAAACAAAAAAGAAAAAAGUGGCCAGAAAGUAUAGCCUGUAACUGUAAUUGUUAUCUUAUACUCAGCUGCCCCCCCCACCCCCACCCAGCUUAUUGAGAAAGGCUGAGCAGUUUAUUUACAUGACAUGUGGCUUACAUUAUAUAACACUGUUUUCUGCAUGCCACUUUCCAGAACACGAGAUUGGUGGCUCUAAUACUUUUACUUGGUAAUAUACUAAAGACCUACAAAGCUAUGGCUCUUAUAUGCUCCAUUGCAGUUCAGCUGCUCACUUAGAUUGUGCUGCUGUUAGCAAAUAAUUUUCAACUUUUCGAACCUCUCUGUAAAACUCAAAGUCAUGAUUAAGACAACUCACAGUGAUAAUGUAAGUUAGGAGCUAAGAGGAUGUGAGGACCUUCUUCACAUUGUCAAGUUACAAAAUGCUGUACUUUGGAAAUUAUUAGGAUUGUAGAACAUUCACUUCUAUUUUGUAUGUUGCUUUGACCAUGCACUUUGAUACAUGAACAGAGCAGAAAUCUGUAUUGUGAAUUUUGUAAACUUCAUAAACUCAGAUUAUGAGUUAACAUGUUUGCAGAAUUUACUUCAGUGUUUCUUUCAUGGACCCAUAUUUUUUGUGGUAUGAAACUUGACUGUAUUUGAUGGCUGUUCUAUGUGGUCACCAGUGACUGGUUAGUUUCAACAGAAACCUUCCACAUUUCCACUUUAUAUGGAGUUGUUGCAAAUGAACUGUUGGUUUCAUGAACUAUACUUAGAAUUGUACAGGCCAUUAAAUAUUUCCUUCAGACCAACAGUUCAAAACCAUUAAAUGAGUUUCCAAGAUGUGCCUGCUCUCAUAUGGCUAUUAAGAAACUUGAUAUGACUAAAUAUUUCCCCCUAGAAGUCAUUAAUCUUCAAAUACAUAUUCACAAAAUAGUAAUGGCAUCCUAUGAAUUAUUAUUCAUUUACAUAAUGUGUGUAGGGGCUGAAAAGAGCAAAUAUAUAUGUAUAUAUUUACAGUGAGUGAAUCUGGUAAUACUCUUGACUUCCAGCUGACUGAAAAGAAAGUGCUCACUGUUACCAAUACGUUAUUUCUGUAUAUUGUGUUUAUGUUAGUGACCAUUUAAAUAUUUGACUGCAGUAGGAAUUCUGCUAUUUGUAUAAUGUCCUACUGUUCCAGAUUAACAUAAAAGCAUGAUUUUAAAAUAUGUAGUUCAUAGAUUUUCAGAUAUCAGUGGAAUAUAGUGUUUUCAUUUACUUUCAUUCCAACUUCUAGCUCCAAGCUUGCAUACAAAAGUGGUCUGAAUUACUGUUAGACAUAAUCAGUAUGAAGUAUGGUAGAUACUUUAUAUUAACCUGACCUCUUCAUAGCACUAAAUUAAAUUUAUAUCAUCUAAAAAUAGUUACAAUAUUGUAUAAUUUAACAGCAUGCACUAAUGAACCUGGGAAGUGUGAAAGACACGAUCUCCGUAUGUAAUUUAUUAUAUUAUCAUCUAAACAUAUUGUGUCCCUUGCUUCCAGCAAAGGACAUCAUAAGAAUAAAUCCAGUUUUUACUUAUGUGUAUAAUAUUAUGCUGUUUUAAUCAAAAUAUGCUCUUCUCUUAAUUUUAUAUAAUUUAUGCAUAUUUUUGGAGUGUCAGUGUAAAGUACUAUUUUCUUGGAUGCGACACCAUGUAGUCUGGUAGAAGUGUACCAGUGUUGCUUUGAAACAUUGUUAAACUUAUGCCAGACUGCACAGUAUCAUCCAGAAGAUUAUACCCUUCAUAGUCACUGCCACAAGAACCUCGAACCUCACUAGUCUCUUCAUGUUCCAGAAAUUCUGAUUAUUUUAAUUUCAUAUGUGUAUUAUAAUAUUUUAUUCUCGUGUUUCAUUCUUGCUGAUUUCUUGCAUUUUAUUACCAGCCAUUUAUCUCUAAAUCUUCUCCUUCAUAAUUAAACAGAAUGGCUUAGCAGAAUUCAGACCACUUUUGGAAAAUUUGGCAUUUUCCUUCGUCUUCUGAUCUAAGUAUUUCCAGCACAAAAAUUUAAAAUAAUAAUUUAUCUUGCAGAUAUGAAAUUUGAAUUGGAUGAAUAUCUGAGACACUUCUGUUACAAAGUUUGUUGCUCUGAUCAUACAUUGUACAUAACCUUGCACCAAACAUCUGGUGGAUUUGGGUUAUCAGUUAUGAAGCAGCGCUCAUGUAUGCUUUGUACAUGCUUCGUAUGUAUUUUAUAGGCAUGUGCAGGAACGUCAUGUUUGAGAUGAUAAAGUGAAGAGAAAAGUAACUGAGAUAAGAACAAGAAUACUCUGCACUAGAACUUCUUUUUAUUGUAAUCAGUUUAUAAUACUGGCUCUUUGUCUUUUUGGGGGGGAAUGCAUUGAAGUUUAAGUGUAUUACUACCCUUUUUGAUAUCAGACACCAGCACUGCUAACAGGAAUAGAGAAAGAUGCUGAGGGAGAGGUGGUUUUGUUUAGAAGCUGAUAUGUGCUGCGAUGCCAGUUAUUACAGUUCUCAUGGGUUAGGGUAGUUUGCAU